AUGUUGGACGGAUUGCAGAAGAGGAUGCGGGGGAGGCUUGGGGAUAUGUUGAUGCCGGAUGAUGCAUUCUUGAGUUACUACGAUGUUCGACUGACGCGGGAGGAUAUGCAGAAUCUCAAGAACGAUUGGCUCAAUGAUAAUCUUAUCUCAUUUUGGCAAGAAUACCUCGAACACGAAUUCUUAACCAAGUACAAAUCCUCGCACAUAGUUCUCCUCAGACCUAGCAUGUCCUUUAUGCUCGCUCAAACCCGCGAUCCACGAACCCUCCGCGAAGCCCUUCCCGAUUUCACACAAGCCACACACGUCUUCCUCCCAAUCAACGAUUGUCGCAACGUCACACAAGCAGAAGGUGGCACACAUUGGUCCCUACUCCUUAUCUCCAUCGUUGAUCGAAUCGCUUUCCACUAUGACUCGUUAUACCAAGGAAACCACUGGGAAGCCGCGGACGUGACCCGGAAAUUCGGCUGGCUUCUCAACCUGCCGAUUCGAUUCCUGCAUCUGCAAGAUUCGCCACAGCAGGAUGGUGGUAGUGACUGUGGUGUAUUCGUUUGUCUCAAUAUGCGAUACCUGCUUCUUAAGCGGUUACUUCAGGCUAGCUCACACGAGAAAGUGAGUAUGAGUCUUGGUGGACGGAAGGUCGAUGCACCAGCAGGGCGUAAGGAAAUGACGAAGAUAAUUGAGGGAUUCCGGAAAGAAGGGGAGCGACGACGAUCGACAAGUAUGAGUCGAAGUCCAAUGGGCAAGAAAUCUAGGAGCCCACCACGCAUUGAAUGA